AUGGAGGCGCACGCGUCCAGCGCGGGGCUGCUAUCGCUACCUCCAGAGAUCAUCGACAGCAUCGCGAGCUACGCGGCCAUGUCUGAUACAUCGUUUGCCUCUUCGUCCACGUCUGCGCCGUGCAGUUUCCUCUACGAUCCGUCGCUUCGGCAGUCCAAAGUGGUGACCCCGCCUACAGAUCUGCACGCACUUCAACUGGUAUGCAGACGUCUCCAUUCGCUCCUCAGCCUCGAGUCGAAUCCGCGUCUGUACGCAAGGGUGUUUCGCAGCAAGUUCGAUACCGCCGCCAUCGGUCGUCGCUUUGGCAAAUCCGCACUCACAUCGCACAACCUCGCCAACGAGCUUCGUCGACGCUGCAUCUUGCUCAAACGCAUCCGACGCUGCGUCAUUACAGCUGUACAGCUUCUCGAUACGGGUGCUUCACUCAGCGAGGACGAGAGCUCGAUUACCGAGAUGCUCUGGCUUGCCUAUCUCAUGAUGUUGGAGAACGAUGGUCUCAACUACGAACAGCUUUGCUGGGCACAACUGCAUAGCUUUUUGGCGCUUCACCAUGCUACUGUGAUGUUGGACAGUGCAGUUUCAUCUGGCUAUCCGUCCGAUGCGGUUCACAAGGCGUUGGCAUUGCAUCUAGUCUACUUGUUGACCGAUCCGGAGCAGUUGGCGUUUGAGCCGAAAGGAGAAGCAGUCGAGAGGCUGUUUGUGUUGCGUCCGUUCGUGUUUGCAGCUCACAAGUUUGACGCAUUUAUGGCACCGUGGACGCUUCGCAAGCUGCCCAUCACGACGCAUGCAAGCCGUGGCAAAGCUAGCGAUACCAACGACGAUCGUGCACGGUCUUAUGGCACGGCGCACGAGGCGACGCCGAAUAGCGCGCCAACGGUGGCGACGAAUCCAUUCCUAGCCGAUCUUGCGCCUCGCGAUCGGACGUGCGUGGUGGAUCAUGUUGGGGGGCAGCUACGCAUUGCAGCGCCUAUUCUGGCGCAAGGCGCAUGCUUUUCGUUUUUCAUGAAGGUCGAAAAGGACCCGGCUGUGUUGGGCAUGGCUGCGCUUUCGGAUCCCGACGAUCCCAGUUCGGUCACCACGAUGCAUCAACCGGCUGCAACGCGCCCACCACUCUCACUUGCUUCCACGGACCAUGACAAGGACGUGGCGCGUCUGCUGUCGUGCCUCGACCCACGCAGCUCGCCCGGUCUGCCGCCGCUAUUUUUCAAGGGCAUGUUCGAAGGCAUCUGGGAAGGAAGGUUCAGCUUCUUCGAUUUCGAUUCGUACCGCGAGAUGCUGGCGGGACGAAUGCGAAGUCUGUACGAAGGGCCGUUCGGGGAACAACCUCAGAUCUGGAAGAUCAAGGAGAAGAUUGUUCGACUCGGUGCUGGCCAAGUGGAAGGUGGCACAGGCAGUAUUUUGGCAGCCGGAUAUGCGUCGACCGAGUCGCACACGGAUGCUUCCGCCGCCGCUGCCACUGCAGCGUCAUCUGCGCUGGAUGCAAAGGGCAAAUCCAAGGCGUUGCCGCAAGAUUGGGACCGAUAUCCCUGUUUUCCAGACGAAGAUGGUAGCGAGAGGUACGAGAUCUUGCUCUCCGGAACCGGUCAUUCUGCAUGGGGCAGAUUUGUGGUUCGUGGCAGGGUGCGCAGUUGGGAUGGAAUGCUGAUCAUGACCAAGGAGUAUCGUCCUGACGGCAGGGGCAAGUGGCUCUACAGAGGCUACAGCGUCGCUGGUGGCAAACUCGUCGGUAGAUGGAGAGACACCUUUACCCCGGAUGACAUGUAUGGUUACGAAGGAUGUUUUCUCUUCCAACGACGCGGAGGCGUCUAA